CGGAGGCCGGCUGUUGUGUAACCGCUCGUUUGCCGCUGGACGUCAUCUGUCAUCCGGGUAAACAAACAUCUCGGCUUUUAUAAGCGCGCCGGAGUCUCGACCUCGUCCCCCUUCCCGAGCGAAUACGGCCGUCCAAGCAUGACUGACAGCCGAUUUGGUGCGCGCGCUGCGCUCCUCUGCCUGGCCCUGGCCGCCGUGGGCUCGGCGCCGGGCUCGGGUGAAGACCUGGACCGGCCGCCGUUCGGAGCCCCCGGCUCCCCCGUCCAGCUACGCGAGUCGGACCCGGGCUUGAAGAGGGCCCUCAAGUUCGCGGAGGAUCGCUACAACCUGGGUUCAAACGCCAUGCACGUCCGCAGAGUCAGCAAAUUUAUCUCUGCGUCGAAACAGUUGGUGAAGGGUAUCCGCUACACCAUCACAGUGGAGAUGAGCAACACACAGUGCAAGAAGUCUGCCAUGCUUCGAACCUGUGACUUCUAUCCUGAGCCGCAUCAACUAAAGAGGGAGGUGUGUUUGUUUGAGGUGUGGGACAUUCCAUGGCAGGGCACCUCGACGCUGCUGAAACAGAAGUGCCAGGCUACAGAGGAGCCCCGGCCCAGGGAGACGAACAAGGUGGAGGAUCUACAUCCGUCAGCCGGCCAGCCUCUGGAGCAGGCGUCUGCACAGCUGCUGGGCCAGUUCAAAGAGUUCAUGGUGAAGUACAACAAGGUGUACAGCAGCCAGGAGGAAGCGGAUCGCCGCCUGCAGAUCUUCCACGAGAACCUGAAGACGGCGGAGAAGAUACAGUCAAUGGAUCAGGGGUCCGCUGAGUACGGGGUCACCAAGUUCAGCGACCUCACUGAGGAAGAGUUUCGUUCUACAUACCUGAACCCCCUCUUGAGCCAGUGGACUCUCCAUCGACCAAUGAAACCAGCUGCUCUGGCCCGUGGCCCCGCCCCCGCCAGCUGGGACUGGAGGGAGCAUGGAGCUGUCAGUGCUGUUAAGAACCAGGGCAUGUGCGGGUCUUGCUGGGCGUUCUCUGUCAUAGGCAACAUCGAAGGCCAGUGGUUCCUGAAAAACGGGACCUUACUGUCACUUUCUGAACAAGAGUUGGUGGACUGUGACAGAGUGGACCAUGCCUGCGGAGGCGGGCUGCCAUCGAACGCAUAUGAAGCUAUUGAGAAGCUGGGAGGCCUGGAGACAGAGAGCGACUACUCCUACGCCGGUCACAAGCAGCGCUGUGGCUUCGCCAGCGGGAAGGUCGCCGCCUACAUCAACACCUCCAUGGAGCUGUCCAAAGACGAGAACGAAAUUUCUGCUUGGCUGGCUAAGAAUGGACCCGUGUCUGUGGCCCUGAAUGCCUUCGCCAUGCAGUUCUACCGGAGGGGUGUGUCUCACCCUCUGAAGAUCUUCUGUAACCCGUGGAUGAUCGACCAUGCUGUGCUCCUGGUGGGAUACGGAGAACGUAAAGGCAUUCCAUUCUGGGCCAUCAAGAACAGCUGGGGGGAGGACUACGGAGAGCAGGGUUACUACUACUUAUACAAGGGCUCCAAUCUGUGCGGGAUCAACAAGAUGUGCUCAUCUGCUGUGGUCAACUAAUCACACACACACACACACACACACACACACACACACACACACACACACACACACACGCA